AUGGCGACCCUCAUCCGUCCGCCGCCCGUCAACGGGGACCUGUCCCUGAUCGAGAAUGUCCUGGAGCUGACCGAGCUGACCGACAUCGACCCGGAUCUGUUCACUAAUACCCGGCCCAUGUGGCAUCCGCCGGGUGCCAGAGGCAUCUUUGGCGGUGCUGCCAUCGCCCAGUGUCUCGCUGCCGGCCAGAAGACGGUGCCGUCCGACUUCACUGUCCACUCUAUGCACUGCUACUUCGUGCUGGCUGGAAACGCCGAAAUCCCCAUCAUCUACCAUGUCGAGCGAGUGCGCUCAGGCAAGUCGUUUGCGACAAGGACUGUCCAGGCGCGCCAACGGGGCAAGGUCAUCUUCACAACGACCAUGAGCUUUGUCCGGAUGAACAGUGGAGGAGAGAAGAUGGUCGAGCACACACAUCCUAUGCCAGACGUGCCAGACCCAGAGGAGGGCAUGGACGACUUGGAGACGCGUGGCGGUAACGACACCGGCCCUUUUCAGAGCCAGCGAUUGGACAUACUGAAUGAUGCCUCCCCAUUUCCUCAUACCAAGAAAUGCAGGCAGUGGAUGAAAGCACGCGGCACCAUCUCCCCCGAGGGCGGACACGAAGCACACCUGUCCGCCAUUGCGUACAUGUCAGACAGCUACUUCAUCGGAACCAUCGCCCGUGUCCACAAACUCUGGCGAUACUCACAACACCGCAAGAGCCAGUCCAAGGCCAGUGUCGACGAGGACGUCCUCAAGAAGCUGCUCGCCAUGGACGAUGCAGAACUGAAGCGCCAGAAAUACCUUGAUGCGACUGACAUCAAGCGCAUACAGAUGGUCAGGAACGGCGCGAGCUUCAAGGAGGAUGACACCCCGGAGAUUGGCAUGAUGGUCAGUCUUGACCACACCAUCUACUUCCAUAAUCCCCGACACUUCAGGGCAGACGAGUGGAUCUUCACCGAGAUGGAAACAACCUGGGCCGGUGAUGGACGCGGCCUUGUGUUCCAGCGAAUGUACACUCGCAACGGCACUCUCAUAGCCAGCUGCGUACAAGAGGGACUUGUUCGCUUGAAGCAGACCGAUAGCACACCCAAGCUGUAG